GACAAUAAUAUCGACCAAUGAACGAAGAUUGCUUUCGUCAGCCGUCGGGCUGGUGGUUGAUAUUAGGAAGAGAGGCUACACGGCUCCUUUCGGAAUUUAUUUUACAAGAUUGGAUAAUUAUAAAGGUUGAAUUUGUCUGGUGACAGCAUGUCUGGUGAUCGAGCUCAGGCUGGUCCUUCCGGAGGCGGUGCUAGUGGCGGAAGAGGUAGAGGUGCCGGAUCGUCCAAUCAGGAUCGGGAAAAGGAACACAGAGAAUCCAGGUUAAAUCCGAAAAUGUCGAAGGCACUCAGCACCAGUGCAAAGAGGAUCCAAAAAGAAUUGGCAGAAAUAACACUGGACCCUCCCCCUAACUGCAGUGCCGGACCAAAAGGAGAUAACCUUUAUGAGUGGGUGUCCACCAUACUGGGACCACCCGGUUCGGUCUACGAAGGUGGAGUAUUUUUCCUGGACAUUCAUUUUUCUCCAGAAUAUCCUUUUAAACCCCCAAAAGUGACCUUUCGGACGAGAAUUUAUCAUUGUAAUAUUAAUAGUCAAGGUGUCAUUUGUUUAGAUAUACUAAAAGAUAAUUGGAGUCCCGCUCUAACUAUUUCAAAAGUACUCCUGUCUAUUUGCUCGCUACUCACAGACUGCAAUCCAGCCGAUCCCCUGGUCGGAAGCAUUGCAACACAGUAUCUACAACAUAGAGAAGAACACGAUCGAAUUGCUAGAUUGUGGACCAAACGUUAUGCCACAUAAAAAAUCCAAAAUUAGGACAUAAUCUAUUUCUUCAUCAUCAUAAACAUCAUAUCCUCUCCCUUUUUAUUUUUUCGUCUUUCCAUGUGGGUGUUUCACUACUGCGUGAAUGUAGAAUUUGUAACAGUGUAGAUAAUUCCUUUCGAGAGCAGUUACUCGAAUUGUUUCGUUCCCGCAAACGUAAAGAAGUUUUUGGUUUGUACAAAGCUAUAUCAUCACUUUAUUUCCGCUUUAAAUGUUAAUGUAAGUAAAACAAAAAAAAGACAAAAACUAGUAGUAGUUUUUUAUAUUUGAUCACAUAUCAUGACAAAUUCUUUGUGAUAUGUGAAAAAUUCCAUUUUCAUUUUAGUUAGAAUGAAAUUUUGCAGCGGCAACAAAGCGCGCAAUACAACACGGAACCAAACUGCGCUCUCGUUCCGCUGCCAAAAUAUUUGCUUUACACAGUUCUAGUAGACUUUUGGGAAUUAGAUUUUGUCUUUAAAUUCUGGAAUUGCAUUUUUUUUAUUUUAUUUUAUUUUUGAAAUAUUAUUUUAGUCUCUAGUUAGUACUUAUGUUGUCAUAGCUGUAAAUAUUUUGUGAAAAAAUUUCAUAAUACCCAAAUACAUCUCAAUUUAACAAAGACAAAAGGGAAAAACAGACAUGUUUUUAUAAUGUUCCAACAGCAUAACAUAGUAAUUGGUAUUUUUACGUACUGCACGUAAACAUUCAAUUGUGUUGUGUUCAGAAAGUCACGCCGUCAAUACGGUCUGUAGUACUAAAGCCCGAAUGUUUUCGUCCGUGCAGCCAUAGACUCUUAACUCAGAGUGCAUCAUCGAUAUUGGAAAUCCAUAAAUAUGAAUGCUUGUGUUCUUCUGAAGUUAUACACAUCAUAGAGUCCACGAGUUUUAUUUAUUUUUUCUUUUUUGUUUUUUUCCUCUGUAUGCUGAAGUUUAGUUUCUCUCAGGUAAAAGUUACAUGAAUCAUCGUUGGCAGCAGUACACAUUGAUGUAGAAAUUUUCUUAAAAGUUGUAAUAAAUGUUUGCUUUCAAGAAUUUUUGUUAGUCCAUUUGUAAUUAUAAAUUUACACACGCAUUGUAUUGAUUGAUUUCUGCCAUGAAGAACACUAAAAAACUUUCUUAUACUCAUUGUGGGGUAGAUUCCUGAUUGUGAGUUUGUGCCUCGCCAAUGGGCCAGCCAAAUGAAGUUUUCUUCAUGAUGUGCUUAGGUAGGAUUUCCCAUAAGUCCUGGCAGGAUUGAUGGAACAAGGCAAUGCCUGACCUGAACUUUAAAGGUACCACACAGCCUACCAGGUUUAAUGCCUUAGCCAUCCAAUUUAGAACUUUUUGUUCCCUAUCACAAUGACAAAACAAGUUUGUCAAGCACACAUUUGGAUUAUAUGGACUAAUGAAACAAGCACAGUUCAUCAUAACUUUCAUGUGAUUGGAUUGUCACUUGUCAGAUGACAGUUUAUUUCAAAUAAAAGCAAAAAAUGCAGUUGUUGUACAGUUAAGUUAUCUAGAACAGAUGUUUUAAGCCAACAGAAUGGAUAAACUCGCUAUAUAUAGUAAUGAAUAUCUACUCAAAAAAAUAGUGUCAGUUAUAUAUGUUGUUGUAUGCAAAAUACAGGCAUACUCUUCUGAGAUGCAAAGGGACCAAACUACUACAGUAAAACAAAUGCUAUACUUUCUCACCAGUGCAUAUAAAAGCUUAAAAAAUAUUUGCACAAUAACAAUGGCUAUAAAAAUGCCAAAAAAAUAAAAUGAUUAAGGUAGACAGACUUCAAAUGUCAUUUUAAUAUAUACACUAACUAGUACAUCUUGACAUUGAUGGCUCUGGCACUUCAAAUAAAAUAGUAUUUCUUUAUGCAGUCCAUUUGACACUGACAAAUUUUGAAAGUUCUGUAGUUAACAAUCUGCUUGAAACCUGUCAAUACCUUUUCAAUUAAGCUAAUAUAUUCUAGUUCUUUUGUUGGCACUUCUCCAAUGUAAACUGGCUCAUCAGGAGCAGACGCCAUUUUGAUGAGUAACUUCCUUUAUUCCUCUAAUGGAGACAGGUCACAAGAUGCAAGUAAUUCUGCAACAUCUUGGCACCCAGGUUCCAAUUUCUUUAGGUGUCUUCAUAAUGUUUGCACUGACAAAAAACCAUAAGUGCCACUGCCAAGCCCCCCAAAAAAUAAAAUGUAUAUAGUAGUAGAACCCGGCAUUACCAAUUGUUGUGAAACACAGUGUGCCUGAUUUUGUAAAAUUUAUAUUGAUUUACAUAGGAAAAGAAUAAAGUGAAUAAAAUCUAUCCAUGUACUGGCAAAUGCAAAAAA